AUGAAAUUAACUUACAUUGUCGGUCUUCUCGCAGUAACGGUCCUCGCAUCCGCCAAGAUGGAGGUCAAGCGUGGUGCUGACCAAAACGGAUCUCUUGACAAAGCUAUUCAAAGCGGUCAGUGGAUCGAAGACCUUUGGGGUGCCGGUAACUACCCAAACAACGGGGAGAGCAAGGGCGAAUCAAAGCAGCCAGAAGAAGGCAAGAAGGAAGGUAAUGAAAACAAGGAAUCAUCUGAGCCAUCCAAGCAGCCAGAGGAUAAUAAAAAAGAAACACCAGCAAAGCAACCAGAGGAAAAUCAAAAAGAAUCACCAAAGGAGCCAGAAAGUGGAAACAAGGAGAAAGGAAGCCAGGUCCAAAAGGACAAGUGUGGAUACACUCCUGAGGAGAAGGAGAAGUCAUUGCAAGCUCAAGCCCAGGCUUUUAGAAAGAAAGUUGCGAGCCAGCAGCCGCAAGCGUGGGGUGGUGUCGAAUCGAGAUCUCCCAGCGUUGCACCGACGCCUGGUGCUGGUGCAAACGGCGAUGACGGUAUACCCAUAGCAGGCUCGCAGCAAGCUGCUGCCGCUGCCGCUGCCAGGCGGAAGAAGAAUAAUGAGAUAUUCUCACAGCCUCGUGAUACCGGUGUAGGUAUGCAUAUCAACUCACAGCUCGCCUAUCUCGUCCAGUUCAUCAAGGAUUACAAUGCUCCUAUUCGAUUAGAAGAUCUUAUCGUUAGAUCUGGUAUAGAACUCAUACGGACACCUGGUUUACUCGAUUUAUUCAACUCGCAUGACAGAGUGCAGCACGACACCAAGCUCGAUCUUUACAGCUAUCGCCAUGAUUUCCCGAUGAAAUCUAAGGCUGAACUGCUGGCACAUGUCAAAGCUUAUGCGCCGAGAGGAGGUAUGCGUGUCAACAUACUCAAGGAAUCAUGGCCUGGAGCUCCACAAGCUAUCGAUGAACUAGAACGCGAGAAAGAAAUUAUCGUGUUGAGGGGUAAAGACGGACAAGGGAUGAGAACUGUGUUUGAGAACAAUGUCAAGGACGCGAUUGAAGUACAGGAUGAGUUUAGAGGACUGUGGAACAGCUUGAACGUGCCAGUUGAAUCAGAAGUUGCUAGAGAUCUUGACGAUGCCGGUCUCAAACGUACAUCAAAGACGGAGGUGGCUCCAGCAGCGCCACAGCAGGCGCAAAAGAAGAGAAAGAAGGCGGGCAGCUCAAAUAGGCGCGUCAAGAUCACAAAUACACACUUGCAGGAGCAAGGCAUUGAUCUCAGCAAAGAUUUCGUGCCGCCGGUGAGAUCAUCAAUCGCCCUCCUCGUAGUCGCUGCCGUCCUCUCCGUUUCUACGGCUGCUCCUCUUGAUGUCAGAGGUUUUGGUGCCGGCAAGAGAGCUCUCCGUGUUAGAGAUAAACACGAUGGUCGCAUUGACUUCCACCAUUUGACCCACGAAGAGGAGAAAGAACUCAAUUCAAGCGGCGAGUACUACCCAGAGCUCUACUCCGAGGAGGCAAUCAACCACAAGGGCGAACACAAAGGUGAACACAAGCACCACGACGACAAACACGAGCACGAUGACCACAAGGAAAACAAGCAUGACGAGAAAGACAUGCACAACGAAGAGCACUAA